ACACACAGUACACACAGGUCAUGUGCGAACUUGAAGGCAGGAAAUAAAGCGCGCUCCUCUGUUCGUGCGUAACAGGGAAGUGAGUCUAACCUAGUUUCUACGUUGUUAAAAGUUGCUGCGAACGGCUGGCACCGAAAGUUCCGUUUUCUUCUGUUUUAUCGACGCGUAUUGCUCAGCUUUCCGAAUUCAGCUUCAGCAUUACAUCGAGACACUGAGUGAUGGAAGAAGGGCACGUUCUGUAGGACUGUUCGGUGGACUCGUAAGCCCAGCAGAGGGGGAAGAGGCGACGAGCUGCAGCUAUUGUUUUUUUUCAAUGUUUUGAGUUCUCUACUUAGCCGAAGCCCUGCGUGAUCAUGGCCCAGUGGAUCCACAUGACCCAGAUAUUGCAGCAUCUGCCUUAUGAGACAGUCAGCAGCCUCUAUCCACCAAACACCUUCCCGAUUGAAGUCAGGCAUUACAUAUCUGAAUGGAUAGAGAACCAACGAUGGGAGGACUUUUCACAGGAAAAGGUAGAGCAAGAGAGUCAAGCUCAAAUUCUGUUGGACCAGGGUAUCAGCAUGAUGCAAUCUGUUGCUCAGCAGAAUGCCAAUGUUGUCGAGAAGAUGAAGCUGAUGCAGAUGAGCAGGCACAUGGAACUGUUUCACCAGCAGCCACUGAAGUUUGCACUGAUGGUCAGAGACCUCCUCAGGCAGGAGAGGGCUCUGAUAAAUGGAACCUCCCCUGCACAGUACCCAGCGUACCCGACGAACGAUAUGUCCAAGCAGGACGUGGACCAACUGGUCCUGAAGGUGCUCGAAGUCCAGGAGAUCCGAAAAAAGAUGCACCAGAUACAAGAGGAGCUUAACUGGGAGAGGCAAAACUUUGAGAGUGCACACUCACAGGGGUCGUUCCAGCAGAAUGGACUUGAUUCUGCAAAUGCAGAAAUCAAGAAACUUCAGACUCACAUCCAACAGCUGGAGUACAAUAUACAAGCAAUGGCCACGAAACGUUCACAGCUGCUGAAGGAGUCUAUGGAGCUGCUGGGCAUCUGCCAGAACCGAUUUCUUAACAGGCUGAACGAGUGGAGGUGGGAGCAGCGCAAAGCAGCCAUAGGAUUUCCUUUUGAUGACAACCUCAGCCCCCUGCAGACCUGGGCUGAGCAGCUUCUUGGGAUGAAUGGAAACCUGAGACAAGAGCUGAUGCUGACUGGGGAACUGACCUCGGAGCUCCAGGAAGGGCUGUCACAACUUGUGCAGGUUUUGAUUGAAAGCUCUCUUAUAGUGGACAAGCAGCCCCCACAGGUGAUAAAGACACAGUCAAAGUUCUCCACAACUGUGCGAUAUCUGCUGGGAGAGAAGGUAGCUCCUGGGAAGCCUGUGUUGGUGAAGGCGCAGAUCAUUAAUGAAAUACAGGCCAGGAACCUGGCAAAUGUACAUGGUGAUAAUGUUGGUGAACUCAUCAACAAUUCGGCCGUCCUAGAACACAACGCAGCCACCAAGAGCACAUGCUCCAACUUCAGAAACAUGUCCAUCAAGAAAAUCAAGAGAGCAGACAGAAAAGGAUCAGAGUCUGUGACAGAGGAGAAAUUUGCCCUCCUGUUCUCCUCAGAGAUCAACAUCACAGGCUGUGAGACUCCGUACAGGAUACAGGUGAUCUCUCAGCCAGUGGUUGUUAUUGUUCACGGCAGUCAAGACAACAAUGCUGUGGCCACCAUCAUAUGGGACUGUGCAUUUUCUGAGCGAGACAGAGUACCCUUUGUGGUGCCGGACCGCGUGCCGUGGAGGAUGAUGUACAACACUCUCAACAGCAAAUUUACAUCUGAGGUUGGGACGCAGCACAACCUGGACCAGUACAACCAACACUUCUUGGCACAGAAGGUCUUUGAUAAGCCCGACUUUAAUGAGGAUUUCAGCAACAUGAUGGUUUCCUGGGCCCAGUUUAAUAAGGAGGUUCUCCCAGGUCGACCGUUUACCUUCUGGCAGUGGUUUGAGGGAGUAAUGGAGCUGACCAAGAAACACCUGAAGACCUACUGGAGCGAAGGGCUGAUAUUUGGUUUUAUUGGGAAGCAGCAUCUCCACCUGAUUCUCAAAGACAGGCCCAAUGGAACAUUCCUGCUUCGAUUUAGUGACUCGGAAAUUGGAGGCAUCACCAUCGCUUAUGUGUCUGCUACUGAAAAUGGGGGACAAAAAAUCCAAAACAUCCAGCCUUUCACCAAGAGAGAUCUUGAGAUCCGUGGCCUCGGGGACCGCAUCCGCGACAUUGACCACAUAACGUAUCUGUAUCCUGAAUUUCCUAAACAUGACGUUUUCAGAAAAUUCUACACAGCAGAGCCUACGUCGUCCACCAACGAGGGUUACAUCCCUGUGUCUCUCCAACUUAAAGUCGGCAUGGAUGCCCAACGCCCAACUUCCAGUACACCAUCUUCCUUCAACAUGGAUACCAUGCCCUCGCUUCACUCUAGCUUCAAUGUGGAGCCUAUAGCCCCAGCACCUAUAGUACAAGGGCCUGAAACCUCACAGAGUAGCUUCUCUAUGCAACAGUUCCCGUCACCGUUCAACUCAUCAGAGUUCUCUGAUGAAAUAAUAGAUGGUGCAACAACAGCUCCUGGCCUGGAACCCAUGCUACCAGAUUUGAACUUUUUCGAUUAAUCUAGAGUCUUCUUGUGGGCUGUGCAAAGAAGAAGCCGGCUAGAGAUUGAAGCCAGACUUGUGUCAUGUAACAAACGUGCCACCAUUUGAGCAGAUUCUCUUCCUUGACUCUCAACAUCUAAAGUUUGGACUACGACCAGUGAAGAUUUUGAGACAAACUUGAUUUGUCUGGGGCUCAACAUGUUAAGAAAGAGGAGAAAAUCAGUUUAAAUCCAAAGUAAAACUGAGAACAAACCAGAACAAAAAUGCUUUUUUUGCAGCCAUCUGUGCCUUUGUGUGCAUGUCAACAAGAACUUGCCUAGUGGCAGGUCUGUUAAUGUCUUUUCUUUUUGCUUUUCUUUUCUCUUCUGUUGUGUGUGUGUGUGUGUGUGUUUCUUUGCUUGUAUUUAGGAAAAGAUUUGGAUUACUGUACAGACUAUGGCAUUUUUCCAACAGUGGCUAUAAGUGUGACAGCGGGUAUAAAAAGGGCAAGGGCACAUGACAUUGCUGGCCAGUGGACUUUAAGACACCAGGGGAUUUUGUUUUAUUAGUGUUUGGAGUAUAUUGCAUGUUGGUCUAUUUUAGUCAUACAUUGUAUGUAACCCUUUGUGUUUUCACUUUUCUCACAGUAUAUUAUUCAUUUAGUCUCUGCAUAUAGCGCAUGGUAAAUACUCAUUAAGGAAUAAACACCUUUUCUGGCAGUGGUGACUGUGAGACUGUCACAACACUGACAGACUGCGCAAAAUGUCAGAAGUUAUGAAGGGUGAUGGGCAAAGUUUAUAUUAGAUCUACUGUAUGUCAAUUAAAAAUUCAAUUUUGUGUUUUCUGUUCUAUCAAACAAUUUCUUGUUUAAUGUCAGCUGAUACUUAGUAGUUCUAGUUUUAUUGUUUUCAACGAACUUUGUGCCACUGUGCGUGUUUUUUUAAAGUUUUUUUUAAGGCCCAAGCAUACUAAAAAAAUACCAAAGAAGAGUCAAAGUAAAAAUAUAUUUUCAAACCGAUUUCCCCUUAUUUCCCUUUAUUUUCAAGCACAACAAUAAUGUUAUUAAGUAAGCAGUUCAGGAAAACAGACAGUUAAAUCCAUAGACGUUUGGACAAUAAUAGAAUCUUUGUAGUUUUGCCUCUGUACACCACCAUGGGGGAUUUUUAAAUCACAUAUUCAAGUUGUGAUUGAAGUGCAGACUUGUAGCUUCAAAUGGAGGGGUGUAACAAAAAUAUUGCAUUAACAGUUUGGGAAAGUACUGACAUUUAGAGGCUUAAAAAUAACUAGAUAAACUAAAAUUUCUGCACUUAACAGGAAGGAAAAUCGUGCUGUACUGGGCUGACAUCAGGUGGUUGACUUGGCCAUUGAAGUAUAGCCUAUUUUCUUUGCCUUUACAAACUCUUGGGUUGCUUUAGCAGUUUGCUUUGGGUCCCUUUGCAAUGUGAAACACUAUUUUAAACUGUUUUGCAGCAUUUUAGAUGAGAGCAGAGGGUUUGCCAUGUAAUAUUCUAUAAAAGUCUGUAAUUCCUGAUCAUUUAAUGCAAUACUUUUGAUAAAGUCUUUGAAUUAAAGCUGAAAAUCUGCACUUCAAUCACAUGUUGAUUGUCAGGUUUAGAAACCCCUGGGGUGGAGUACAGAUGCAAAACUACAAACAUUGUGCUGUUGUACAAACGCCCAUGGACCUAACGGUAAUUCUGACACAUUAUAGUGUUUUCUCACUUGUCCGAGCUUUAAUUUUUUUUUUUAAAUUUUAUUAUGGCUGUUUUUAUAUGCAUUGAAUGUUAACCCAAACCAGUCAUUCCCAUAAAAGAUGUUUUUACAACAAGUUUAGCACUACCUAUCGUCACUGCCAGUGCUGUGCAUGUUAUCACAUAACAGUGUGUGUUGGAUGUUGAGAACAGAUGUUAUAUGUAUACUUAACCUUUCAUAUCUUGUGGAGUGACUUUUGUUUAUAUCACCCUGGGGAUACUACUACAAUCCUUAUAGUCUUUCACUGUGGAGACAAAUAAAAUUUCACUUUUUCUGUAAA